AUGGAAACUAUACAAGAAAAAGCUAAAUUAGCUGAUGAACGUAUUCAACAAUUAAAAUCACUUAUUGCAACUAUUGGUACACGACAACUUGAUCCUGAAGUAUAUAUUAAUGUACUUCAAGAAGAAAAUACACAAUUAAAAGAACGUGUACAAAAUCUUGUUGACGAAUUAGUGACAUUAGAAAAUCAACGAGGAGUAACACAACAAUAUGAUUUUGUCAAUAAGGUUCCCAAGGCUCCAACUCAAUCGGUUACUCAACCAGAAAAACCAGUUGAAGUUCAACAACCAGUGGCUAAAGCUGCUCCUGUCGCCGCUGCUGCUGCUGCUGCUAGUAAUGAUCAACAAGAUGCUAAAGAUAAAAAAGAAAAGAAAAAGAAAGCUACUAAAGAAGAAAAACCAGCCAAAGCAGCUGCUAAUACUGCAAUUGAUAUAACACGAUUUGAUUUACGUAUUGGAAAAAUUGUAUCAGUUGAAAAACAUCCUGAUGCAGAUUCUUUAUACGUUGAAAAAAUUGAUGUUGGUGAAGAAAAACCCCGAACGGUAUGUAGUGGUCUUGUUAAACAUUUACAAAUCGGUGAUCUUGAUCAAAAACUUGUUGUUGUUUUAUGUAAUUUAAAACCAGCAAAAAUGCGUGGUAUUACAUCUGAAGCAAUGGUUAUGUGUGCAUCAACACCAGAUAAAGUUGAAAUACUUGAACCACCAAGUAAUUCUAAACUAGGUGAUCGAAUUGAAUGUGAAGGUUAUGAUUGUUCAUCACCGGAUGCUCAAAUUAAAAAAGAAUUAUCGGACCAAAUUUUACCGGAUAUGACUACAAAUGAUAAAGGUGAAGCAACAUUUAAAGGAGUUUUAUGGAAAGUAGGUUUCGGUGAUUUUGGCGCUUAUUCUUCAUCUGAUCCAUUUACAUCGAAUCAAUCGACGUCAUCACCUAUUAAUAGUGAUCCAGAUGUUGAUUGGAGUGUAUUCGAGAAUGCUGAACGAUAUUUAUUACGUGAUGAUAGUGCAUGGAUAACACGUUUGAGUAAAGAUUUUUGGUGGAAUCUCGAACGUAUAUCUGAAAUGAUAACAUCAGACUAUACACCUGUUCAACAAAUAAAUAAUAAUGGUACAUUUAAUCGGCCAUCCUUACCUACACAAAAAUUUCAACAACAACAACAACAACAACAACAACAAUUUAUGCAAUCAGCUGUACCAACAAAAAUUUAUUCACAACAGCAACAAGUACCUCCACCAAUGCAAUUUACUGGUGUACCACCACGUAAAAUAGUUGGUCAACGUACACAACAACAACAACUAUCAACAAAUAAUGCUUAUAGAAAUAAUUCAAUGUUUAAUAAUGGUUUUACAUCACCACCACCAUCAUCAUCCUCAUCAUCAUCCUCAUCAGGUUCAACUAUUGUUCGACCAAUACAUAAUAAUAAUAAUAAUAAUAAUUUUAUGAAUUCGAAUAUUAACAUUCCAGAUAAAUCAAAUUUUUUUCAAGCUUUUUCAUCAAUGUCAAUUGCUGGUGGUAAUCAUGAUCAAGAUAUGGAAUAUAAUCCAUUUCAAUCAAAAAUAUCUUUUGAUAAUAAUAUGUGGGGAAAUAAUUCCCAACAACCAAUCCCGUGGCAAUAA